GUUAGCAGCUGUGGAGGAAGAACCCGUUAAUCCGAUGUAACAGUUUGACGGUGGGGGGGGGGGCAUCGCCGGACUGUGAGCAACAUGACGGAGAAACCGACUGUCCGCCAGCAGAGCUCGGAGAACAACUCUGUCAGCAGCAGCGAGUGGGACAUGGCAAACGAUGUGUUCGUGUCUGGCUACGACGACAAUCUGCUGCCAGACAGUGCUGCUGUCGGGGACCCGGACCCGGCGCAGCCCGGCUUGGACAGACACCUGCCACUGCUGCCCCAGGAUGGCAUGAUACUGGGCCUGGCUGGGGAGGAAUACUCGGGCUCAUCGUAUCUGGACAUCGAGCCAAACUACACCGAGAGUGACGGGAACGUCACAACCAAGAAGCGCAUACGGUCCAAUAGUUCCCGGCACCGCGGGGACAUCGUGACGGAAUUGGGACCAGAGGAGGUCCGGUGGUUUUACAAAGAGGACAAGCGGACGUGGAAGCCAUUCGUCGGACACGACUCGCUAAAAAUCGAGAUCCUCUAUCGGAGAUUCUGCGAGCAAAACCCCGACAAGGUCAAACGCUCCGUCGAUCCCACCGAGGCCGAGGGGAGAGAGGCUGCCAGGUCCGGCGACGUCCAGCCGGAGAGCGGGGCCGUUGAUAGUGUUAGUGUUCGGGCGGAGCCGUCAUUACAGCGGGGAGGAGGGCAGCGGCGCUCGAUGUCAGAGGAGACGAAGGACCUGGACGACACCAGCAUCAUCGUGGAGGCAGUGUGUGUCAGAGGGGGGCUCUACGAGGUGGAUAUCCGAGAGAAGGAGUGCUACCCCGUUUACUGGAACCAACAAGACCGUAUUCCUGUGAUGAGGGGUCAGUGGUUCAUUGAUGGGACGUGGCUGCCCCUGGAGGAAGAUGAGAGUGACCUCAUCGAGCUGGAGCACCUCGCUCGUUUUCGGGGGCAACAGAUGAGGGACACCUACGAGAUGGAGGCAGUGACCACCACAGUGGACAGCAAGGAUGCCGUCCACAGUCUGAAGCUGAGCAGGAGUCACGUGGACUGGCACAGUGUGGACGAGGUGUACCUGUACAGCGACGCCACCACCUCCAAGAUCGCACGCACCGUCACGCAGAAACUGGGCUUCUCUAAAGCCUCCAGCAGCGGGACACGUCUCCAUCGGGGGUACGUGGAGGAGGCGGCACCUGAGGACACCCCACCUGAAACCACACAUAUUGUUUUCGUGGUGCAUGGCAUCGGCCAGAAGAUGGACCAAGGCCGCAUAAUCAGGAACACCAGCAUGAUGAGAGACGCUGCCAGGAAGAUGGAGGAGAAGCACUUCUCUGAUCGCACCACAGAGCACGUCGAGUUCCUUCCUGUGGAGUGGAGGUCAAAGCUGGCUCUGGAUGGAGACACAGUGGACUCCAUCACUCCAGACAAAGUGCGAGGUCUCAGAGAUAUGCUGAACAGCAGCGCCAUGGACAUCAUGUACUACACCAGCCCCCUGUACAGAGACGAGAUUACCAGGGGUCUGACUCUGGAGCUGAAUCGUCUGUACUCACUCUUCUGCUCGCGGAAUCCAGACUUUGAGAAGAACGGGAAAGUGUCGAUAGUGUCGCACUCACUGGGUUGCGUCAUCACCUUCGACAUCAUGACAGGCUGGGACCCCGUUCGCUUCCAUCACCAAGAAGCGCCAGACCCAGAGGAGACGAAGGUCCGCUGGCCGAGUGACGAAGAGCGCCACCUUCAGGAGCAGCUGAGACUCACACACCUCAGGCUAAGGGACCUGGAGGAUCAGUUCCAGGGACUACAGACCUCGUCAUGUGUCGCAGUGCCAGCCUUGAGAUUCAAGGUGGAAAAUUUCUUCUGCAUGGGCUCUCCUCUGGCUGUGUUCCUGGCACUGCGAGGGAUCCGACCUGGAAACAACGGUGUGCAGGACCACAUCCUCCCCACUACUAUCUGCAAACGCCUCUUCAACAUAUUCCAUCCCACAGACCCUGUGGCAUACAGAUUGGAGCCUCUCAUCUUAAAACACUACAGCAACAUUGCACCUGUUCAAAUCCACUGGUAUAACACCACCAGCCCAACACCGUAUGAUCAGAUCCGGCCCACACUGCUAAACCCCCCAAAGGAGACAGCGUCCGUCUCAGACUCAGAAAGCAUCCCCAGCCCCUGCACCUCCCCCCCACAGGCUCGUCGGCACUACGGAGAGUCUAUUACCAACCUGGGCAAGGCCAGCAUCAUGGGUGCUGCCAGUCUUGGGAAGGGAAUAGGAGGAAUCCUGUUUUCCCGCUUCUCGCGUUCCAGCAGCCAGGUGGGUGGAGUUGAGGAGGAGCCAUCAGAUUGUGAGGGUGGAGCCUCUGAAGUAGAAAACGUGGUGUUGGGAGAAGAAGGAGUGGCGGUGGCAGACAGCGAGGAGAAGGACAAACAAACAGAGGAAGAGAGGAGGGAGGUGGAGCCAGCCAUGUCCCAGUCCACCUCAGCAGUCAUGGACAGCACCUCAUUGGAGCUGGAGAGACGCGUCGACUUUGAGCUGCGGGAGGGCUUGGUGGAGAGCCGCUAUUGGUCAGCGGUGACCUCACACACGGCCUAUUGGUGCUCUUAUGACGUGGCUCUUUUCCUCCUCACCUUCAUGUACAGACCCCUAGAACAAGCUGAACCUGCAGAGGACAACCCAGACACCUCGUAACAUUAGCAGGGGUCCACAUCGGAGCCGGGGUCAAUUCACUUUCUA